UCUAGCACCUCUCCACUCUUAUUUAUAGCAACCAUAUUUCCCUCACAAAAUUUGAGCACCCUUCCUUCAGUUUCUUCUCUUAUCUUCACUUUUUAUCAUCAACAAUGGCUGCUGCUACUGCUCUUUCUUUAGCUCUGCUCUUUCUACCACUGGUAAUUCUCAGUAACCCUUCUUCAACCGUUAAUGCUCAACAAAACCCACCUAGCCCUGGCUACUUCCCUAGCUACAGAGCACAAUCCGUUGAUUUCAACCAAAAGUACAGAACCCUUUGGGGUCCUCAGCACCAGAGACUUGACCAGGACGCAUUGACGAUUUGGCUCGAUCGUUCCACAGGAAGUGGGUUCAAGUCAGUUGAGUCAUACAGAUCGGGCUACUUCGGUGCUUCAAUGAAGCUUCAGCCCGGCUACACCGCCGGCGUCAUUACUUGUUUCUAUUUGUCGAACAAUGAGGCGCAUCCAGGUCAGCACGACGAGAUCGACAUCGAGUUCUUGGGUACGAUUCCUGGGGAGCAGUACACGUUGCAGACGAAUGUGUACAUAAGGGGAAGUGGGGAUAGGAACAUCAUAGGCAGGGAGAUGCAAUUCCAUCUCUGGUUCGACCCUACUCAGGAUUUCCACAAUUACGCUGUCCUUUGGGACCCAAGUGAAAUUAUAUUUUUCGUGGAUGAUGUGCCAAUCAGGAGGUAUCCACGGAAGAGCGACGCGACGUUCCCAGAGAGACCAAUGUGGGUGUACGGCUCGAUCUGGGACGCCUCGAACUGGGCCACGGACCAUGGCAGGUAUCGAGCCGAUUACAACUUCCAACCUUUCGUCGGCAGGUACAAGGGGUUCAAGAUCGGAGGCUGCACCGUCGACGCGAGUCCCGAAUGUCGGGCGACGUCCGGAUCGCCGAGGGGGUUCGGGGGGUUGAGCCCACAACAGGAGAGAGCCAUGGUCUGGGUGCAGAACAACCACAUGGUAUACGACUACUGUUCCGACCCGCAGAGGGAUCGCACCCACACACCUGAGUGUUAGUGCAAGCCAGUACUACAUCGGCGAAUUAAAUUGUCGGAAAGUUUAAUAACGACAAAGCCGUAACUGUGAAAUAUAUACCCAUAAAAUUUGGGGAUUGAAGUGUGUGCAUUUGGAUAGCGAAGAAUUGGGAGCCAUAUAGAGGGUUAUUUGGGAUGUGGUGAGGAUGGUCCUCAAAGUUAACUACUUUUGCAAAGAGUAGUUGAGCAUCCAAGCCCUAAGUGUCUCCUAACUUAUUUGGUUUGUUGUUGUUGUUUGUUGUUGUUCAGGGGGAAUAUUGGACAAUCAAGUUAAUAUGUCAAUAAUUUUGAUGUGUGUUUUGUAAUAUUGUCCUUGUGUUGUCAUUGCUAAUGAUGCAAUAAUAAUGAUGAACACGUCCACAUAAAAUUUGGAGGGAUUUUGUAUGAAGAACAUGUGGAUGCUCUGACAAAAGGAUAUGGGAAAAGGGAGGUGGUGGUGGGGAUAGGAAAUGGGUGUUUGGAUUGAGAUUGGUUUUGGCCCAUGAACUUUAUGAAAUGGAUUUAAAGAUAGAAAGAGAUUGGUUCCUAUUCAUUUCAAUGUGGUUUUGGGGGUGUUUCUCCUUUUUGUCACCCAUAUGUUAAUAAUUCAC